UGGCGCGAACAAAAAAUGACAAACCUGAGAAGGUGUCAMGAUUUUUUGCACGGUUCGUACUGUAAAAAAUACGGUAUCAAAUCAUUUUCCCAAAGCAGGCGGACCACAGCAGCAGCAACCCACCACAGAACAAUGCCUCCAUUUCUCUGUUGGCUAGUUCGUGGAUGGGUUSUUCUCGUGGCGAUCAUUCCGCUGUCUCGAGCCCGGCGGGAAAAGGUUCGAACCACGUGCGACGAUCCCACACGAUGGACGCCGGUCGCGAUCUUUUCGAGCCGUUUCACCGCCACAGCUCCCAGCGAUGAUUUCCAAGAACGACGGAACAGUACGGGUUGCAGAGGAUCGAUCCGUGCAGCAACACGAGCUACAAUACUAUCGAAGAGAACCCAAUGGAGGGAAUUUCGCGGCAAGAUUCGAAGGGGGGUMUUGGAAGGACGGUUCGCAUCUGGAAUGAAACGUUACCUGGAAAUCGUAUUGCUGAAGCAGCGGCACGGGAUGGAGCGUAUCGCUCGAUCGGCUCGAAACGUUGCGGGAGUGGUCCUCGGUGUGUGGAUGGCCUUCGCUGGCGGCUUGUCGACGCCACCGCCCUUGUCUGCUUCGACUUCGCUGACUGCCCCGGAGCUGUCGCUGGUCCUGCAGUGUGGAAUGUUGGCGUGGGUGGUCGUGRACGAUUGUUUGACCCGACAUUGCGCCCACCGAGCUGAUGUCAAAAAUGACACGGCAACUUUUGUCGAGGCCAGGGGCAGAAACGAUAAAUAUACAACGCAUGCCUACUACAAUAUAGCCAUCGGUGGCCGCGAUUGCAAAGGGAAUGACCCCACUAGUAGCACCGACCACUAUGAAACCACCGGGGUCGCAACCCGGGAAGCACGGUCCCCAAUCAUUGGCCACAACGUUCUGUUUAAUGACGGCAUUGCCGUCGUGGUUGCCCUUCUGGUGUUGCUCGCAAUCAAAAGGAACCCGCACCACAAACCUCACCGAGCCGUGUUUCAGAUGGCAGUUUUUUUKAUUUGCAUCUUCCGAGUCACCGUGCGAUCCUUCCGAUCCAUAGUCGAUGACGUUCUUUAUGUAGAACAUACACGUCGAAACAGCAUUCUCUACCGAUACCUUCUUCGAAGGCGCCGUGCCUCCCUCCCCGACGUUUCGAAUCUGCAGAAGMGUUUUCUCGAGUGGAUGGCUGGUUUUUUGGUUUUGGCAGCUCUCUCUUGCGUGUCGUCAUCCAGUAAUGCACCGCUGCUGCCUAUGGUCGCCGCCAGCCUCAUGGGRGCGACCCUCGUGGCCGACAGCGUCGUAGACGAGGUCGUCAACAAUUGGUUCGACCUGCUCCUCCGGCGGCUCGGUCGAAAYCAGCGCAACGCCGUYGUCGCCCACAUUGUCACCGAAACCAUCCAGGAAUCACUGUCAGACCGGGUAUUCGGUCGGCUUCGGGAGGCGUUCCAAGAAUUUGAGGACAUGGUGAAGGGAUCGGUCGGAAUCGAUGGAAACAGUAGCAGYAUCUGGAGCGAAGGGGAAGGGUUCCCCAAGGACGGGAAAAGGAGCGAUUCGAAUCUGUCGUUCCUAMAUGAUCAUACGAAGAAAGCCAUUUCGAAGAACACARAGCUGCAAAUGGUUUGGACCCUUGCGGCAUCGGGUGUGCUUACACAACUUUUUAUUCUUUGGCGAGAACCCAUAGGCUUUGUAGUGAGAGAGGCCCUGCUGUCGAUCCAUUCCGAUGCUUUGUGGAAUGACAUGUUCCCUGACCUCCCCUUUCCGAAAUGAGUAACCCCAUUWCUGUUGCGUCUCAGACCCAUUUGAACUAAGUGUUUCGAUACAAGUUGCUCCCUUGCAGCGUGAUUCGUCAUGUUGAUCCUUCGCAAUUAACUUAAUCUCUUGUU